AUGGUGCGGUACUUAGCCGAACACCUCCCUGAUAUUGCUAAGCACACUCGAAUCUUGACGACGCUGACGACCAAGGUUGCAGAAUUACACUGGCCAGGGUGGACAGCAACUCACGAGGAAGCUUUCACGACAAUAAAACGGCUUGUCACCAGCCUGCAUUGUCUAACCACGAUCGACCAUGAUAGCCCUGGAGAAAACAAGAUAUUCGUAACGUGCGACGCGUCAGAUUACGCAACAGGUGCUGUU